AUGUGUCAGCAGCACUCCCAGAACCGGGACAGAAAGGACAAUGCUCAGCAUGCUCAAGGAGCACAGGAGGCCUUUCCGUGGGAGCUUGGAGUGUACGACGCACAUUGCCAUCCCACCGACACACCAGCCUCAGUGUCAAAGAUUUCGAGCAUGAAGGCUCGCGUUCUGACCAUCAUGGCAACUCGCGAACAGGACCAAGACUUGGUGGCUGGGACCUGCGUUGAAUACGGUGUCAAAAACCCUGAACUUCUCAAGUCUGGCGAAGGGGGCGAGACGCAGCGAAUAGUGCCUGCCUUUGGCUGGCACCCGUGGUUCUCGCAUCAAAUAUAUGAUGAUACGACAGCCGCACCAUCUUACGACGGCACACCAGAAGGCAAGCGAGCGCAUUACGAUGCAGUACUCCAGCCAAAACCGUCCUCAAAAGACCCAGCCUUCAGUGAUGGCUUGCCGGAGCCUCGAGCAUUGUCAGCGCUCCUGGAGGAGACACGAGCCCGGCUUCGAGAACACCCUUAUGCGCUUGUUGGCGAGGUCGGUGUGGACAAGGCGUUUCGAGUACCUGAGAAUUGGACUGCCGAUCAGGAAGCCAGUCGAAACCAAAAUCUGACGCCAGGUAGUCGCGAGGGUCGACUUUUGAGCCCACACAGAGUUUCAAUGACUCAUCAGACUGCGAUCCUGCAAGCCCAGCUGCGUCUUGCCGGAGAACUCGGUCGUGCUGCUCACGGAGCAUUGUAUGAAGCCUUGGCACAGACCUGGAAAGGGCACAAGAAGGAAGUCCUCUCAAGGCGAGAAAAGAAUCAGAUCGCCAUGAACGCUGAGAACUUCAGCAGUAGUGACGAAUCCGAGGAUGAUGAUGCAGAGGUUGUCAGCAAGGCGAAGGCACCGGCGAAAUCCUCAACGGGACACAAGAUCACGCCAAUGCCAUUUCCGCCGCGCAUCUGUCUACACUCCUAUAGUGGCUCUGUCGACUUUCUCAAGCAGUACCUGCAUCCCUCUGUGCCAGCCAAAAUCUUCUGCUCAUUCUCCAUAGUAAUCAACUGGGGCCAGGCCGGAGGUGGUGACAAGGCGGAAGACGUGAUCAGGGCCCUUCCCGACAAUCGCAUCUUGGUUGAAAGCGAUCUGGACGCUGCAGGCAAGGAUAUGGAUAGCGACUUGGAGGAGGUUGCACGAAAAAUCUGUGAAAUCAAAGGGUGGAACCUGCGCCAGGGAGUUGCCCAGCUUGCGCAGAACUGGCACGAGUUUAUCUUUGACGAUUAG